GAGUGAUAUAUGAAUGACGUGCGUCAAUAAGUUUUGUUUUUUUGGCAUUCAUACUACAGAAUAGUAGGCUGAUACACAGCCAAUACCGUAGGUGGCGGCAUGCACGUAUAACAUUUGUUUGCGGAGCGCAAUAAUACAAAAGAAGAAGAAGGAGCGCAGCUAUGAGUCAUCGGGGUUAGUUGGCUAGUAGCUAGCUACGUUGUUUAGCUAAGCUGAAAUGUGGCGCAACGUCCCUUUUGUCUGAAUUGUGUUUGCGAAACAUAUUGAAUACCGACGAUGAGCUGAUUUUCUGAAAGUUGAUCCCCAGUUCGUUUUGACUAUCGAUCAUCUGAUCUGGACCUCUUACUCGAACCAAUUGACUAACUAGUUAACCAGCAGCUAUUUUGCUAACGUUGAUGUUAGCAAGUAGCUAGUACGCGUAAAUGUUUUUCACGAGAAUGGACCUGUUGAACUAUCAGUUCCUGGACAAAAUGAACAACAAUAUCGGGAGUCUACACUACGAAGCUGAAUCUUCUCUUACAGGUGAGUCCAGGAUGCCCUCGCUGCCCUCUGCAAUGACCAACAUGAGGACCGGUCCUCCACCCAUCUGCCCCAGCAAAAGGAAGUAUGGCGAGGAGCAAGUAGAUGACCGCAUUGACUGUGACAACGACCACAUGACCAAAAUGAGCCGACUGUUUGCUGCUCAACUGGGACGGCCUGCCGGUGGAGACCACCGCAGCAAUCCUUGGAGCCUCGGCCACAGCCCUAUGGAGCACAUCACUUCCUCCUCCAAUGGUCUGCAUGACAAUCACUUAUACGCCUCCAUCCCCUCCUAUGCGAUGGACCAGCCCCUGGCUCUGACUAAAAACAGCCUGAACUCUGGACUGGGUGGCACAGAGAGGCCUGCCAUGCCCGGCCCUGUGGACAGACCACAGAAUCGUCCCUCUGUGAUCACCUGUGCUCCUGCAAGCAAUCGCAAUUGCUACCUGUCUCACUGCCACAAGUCUCACAGCCCCAGCCCACCCAUCGAUCAGAGGAAGGCCAAUGCUAACACUGGCGUCGACCCUGUGAUCGAGGAGCACUUCCGCCGCAGCCUGGGGAAGAACUACAAGGAGCCUGAGCCCGUCUCCAACUCUGUGUCCAUCACAGGCUCGGUGGACGACCAUUUUGCCAAGGCCUUGGGAAAGACCUGGCUCCAGAUCAAGGCCAAGGGGCCGGGGGGAGGCCCCCACAGUCCAGAGGCCGACUCCUGAAAGAUGGGCCGGGCCUCCCUUACUGUUGAAUGGUGAAACACAAUCACUUCUUUUGUCUGUGGCAUCCGAUAAGGGCACCGAUUGACCUCCCUAUACCAUUCAUUGUCAAGCUUGACAUCCCUGAGCUCAGAACAACGGUGACAACCAUGCUAAACAAGACGAUGAAUCAUCAGUUUGAAUACUGUAUUAUACACCAAGACUGGCUUUUUACGGACCUUGGGGGGUGGUUUCUUCCUACUCCUAUUAAACGACUGACUCCGAUCUAGGAGGAUUUGAUACAUUUGUUCAGUUAGGGCAGUUUUGGAUUGAGUCCAAGUGUGUAAAUUCUUCCUUUUGAAGGCAGAAAUAUCCAUUUGAGGAGCCCUCUAGGACCAGUAUUAGUCAGCCCUGAUGUCAACUUGUCUUUAUUUGAGUUCUUGUAUUGAAUAUAUUUUUAAACAUUUUUAACACUUACCCUGACAGAUUCCCAAAACGAUCAAUUAAUGUAGGCCUUUGAGAAGGCGUACUGUUCUGUCUUAACUCCCUCAUGCCUUCCUUAUUAGCCAAAGAACUCACCUGCCACUUCAAACAAAAAGCCAUAGUCUGGUUUGCCCCUCUUCUGCCUCCAUCCUCCUGCCAUCUCCUUUAACUCUUCACUCACCCUGUAACUUUGUGUUUGAGUGUGUUUUCACUUGGAAAGGAAGGCCGGCCCUGAUUUGCACUAUUAUGUGUUAGAUUGAGGUAGGGGUAACGGCAUACCUGUUUCAUUUGGAGCAUACAAUACAUUUGUAUGAUUAUUAAUAUAUAUUUUUUUUACAAUACUAACUGUGGUAAUGCAAUUAAGGCUCGUGCCUCCCUCCGGUCCCAAUGUUUCUCUCGCUUGCUCGCUGUCUCUCUCUCCAACUAUUCUGAACUGGACUCACUUUCUUAUUUGUGGACUUUACAUUUUUAGUUUUGAUCCUUUUGUUCUUCUCCUAAUACUCACUGUGGUUCAUUUCAUAGAUACAGUUAGUAAUAAGGAUAGUAUUCUGCUUACCGAGAUGCAUGUUUCAAAUAGCUGGUGUCUAUUAUAAGCCUUGUUAUUCUAUACUAUUCACCCUCAGAAUUUAUUUUUGUCAGUAACAGUUUUAGAAAUACUCACUGCUGGUACAGUCAUACUAAAUAUAUUUUUUGUAUCUGGUUUUCAUUAGAAAAUGUGUACACAAGCAUCCAUCUACAAAACACAGCCUCUGGCAAGGCUGUCUGGCUGCAGUAUAAUAGGCUAGAUUGCAUUAUUGUUCUGUGUUACUGGAUGCUAUGACUGAAUACAGUAAACAUUGAACAUCUGUAGAAGUCCUAUCUAGGAGUUGACUAUCUUCACCGUAAUGCCGUUAGUCAUGAUUUUAUUUACUCUAAUCUGUUUCGGUUCAACUUUCAGUUGAACUUUGAAUGCUAUCAAAUUGACUAACUUUUAUUUUGUUAAAUUGUCUAGUAAUGAGGAUUUCUACUCCACAGUCUUCAUUUUGGAAAGUGUAAUGGUUUAUUAACCCUAAAAACAAAAAUGUUGGUGACUUCACACACGUAUCAUGGCUGGCCUUGAACAAAAGCCUUGCUCAUGCUUGUAUUGAGACGAUGGCAUGAACAUUCCACCAUUACUACCCAACUCAAUUUUAUGUUUAAAGUAAGAUCUGGUAAGAGUAAGAUUUGUGCAAUGAGGAUAGUUUCUCUUCCGUUUGUGGUGUUUCCAUCGUGUAGCCUAAACUGUAUGGGAGUUAAAAAAACAUUGAGAAUAGAAUCCAGGGUAGUACCACUCUAGAACAUCUAAUGUAUUAAAGGUGCAGGAUGAAUACAAUUGUAUGACCUUUCUGAAAUUAUUUCCAUUUAUUUUAGUAAACCUAUGAGUUAACACUGUUAUAGUACGUUGACAUUGUUUUAGUCACCUCAGCUCUUUCUUUGUGAGAAUUAUGUACGGUACUUGCAUCCAAUAUUCUACACACUGUUUAAGAAUUACUCCAUAAACUAUCAUAUUUC